AUCUGGCGGCCGAUAACAGCGACUUUCUUCUUCCCAGUGGGACCUGGAACAGGAUUCCUGUACCUGGUGAAUUUGUAUUUCUUGUAUCAGUAUUCAUCACGAUUAGAAACAGGGGCUUUUGAUGGAAGGCCAGCAGAUUACAUGUUCAUGCUCCUGUUUAACUGGAUCUGCAUUGUUAUAACUGGCUUGGCGAUGGACAUGCAGUUGCUGAUGAUUCCACUCAUCAUGUCGGUGCUUUAUGUGUGGGCCCAGCUGAACAGAGACAUGAUUGUAUCAUUUUGGUUUGGAACAAGAUUUAAGGCCUGUUACCUUCCAUGGGUUAUUCUGGGAUUCAACUACAUCAUUGGUGGAUCAGUCAUCAAUGAGCUGAUAGGAAAUCUGGUUGGACACCUGUAUUUCUUCUUAAUGUUUAAAUAUCCAAUGGAUUUGGGAGGAAGGAAUUUCCUGUCCACGCCUCAGUUCCUGUACCGCUGGCUGCCAAAUAGGAGAGGAGGAGUGUCGGGGUUUGGUGUCCCACCUGCUAGCAUGAGAAGAGCUGCAGAAGAUCAGCAGGGUGGUGGAAGACACAACUGGGGCCAAGGUUUCCGGCUAGGUGAUCAGUGAAGAACUCCUGCCCUUGGAAAACAGCAACUGUCUUCUGUUUUAACUGGAUGUAGAACCGACUCUUCCUGGUGGAGAGCAUGCUUAAGAACUGAGCUCUCUGUAGUACUGUUGGAUUUAACUGAUUAGAAGAGUGUUUCUGAUUCAAGAGAAAAUUAAAAACUCCAAAAGGGAAAAAUGUAGAUCUUGCUCCAGGUUAGUCAAUAGUGUCCAAUUUGAUUCUGCCAUUAAAAAAAGCCUUCUUUAUACAGUAUUGUCUGUCUGUUGCAACGGGCAUCCAUUAUGCUGUCUUGUUCUGUGAUGUGAUGGAACAAGCUAAUGGUGGUCUGUCUCGCCUGGUAUGUUAAAAGCUUUGUUGACCAUGGUAAGUUAAGAAUCCAAUGUGAGGCAGAUGGAUCAAACUAACUCCAAUUUUAGGAAGCUGAGUUUUUCCAUAGCUGUCUCUUAAAAUAUUAUUUAAGUGAUAUCUCUCUGCUGCAUUCAUAAAGCAAAGUGCAAAUGAUUCAUUUCCAUUAUUAA